AUGGCUUCAGCUCCUCCCGUCUACAUCGUAUCCGCUGUGAGAACCCCAGUGGGGUCGUUCUUGGGCUCACUCUCAAGUCUCAGCGCUACUCAAUUGGGUGGCAUUGCUAUCAAAGCCGCUGUCGAGCGUGUCCCUGAAAUCAAAUCCGAACAAGUGGAGGAGGUAUUCUUCGGCAAUGUGCUGUCUGCCAAUCUUGGGCAAAACCCCUCCCGCCAGUGCGCCCUUGCUGGAGGACUUUCCGAGGCAACAGUCUGCACAACUGUCAACAAGGUGUGCGCAUCUGGACUCAAGGCCAUCAUCCUAGGCGCUCAAACAAUCAUGACCGGCAAUGCCGACAUUGUCGUUGCUGGUGGAGCCGAGUCGAUGUCCAACGUCCCCCAUUACCUUCCCACCCUUCGAACCGGUGCCAAAUAUGGCGACCAAACCUUGGUCGAUGGUGUCCUUAAGGAUGGCUUAACUGAUUGCUAUGGCAAGAAGGAACAUAUGGGAAUGGCAGGAGAGUUAUGUGCCAAGGACUAUCAAAUUACAAGAGAACAACAAGAUGACUAUGCUAUCAACUCAUAUAAAAAGGCACAGCAAGCUACCGAGGCUGGAAUUUUCAAAACCGAAAUUGUCCCAGUUGAGGUCAGUGGUGGCCGCGGCAAGCCAAAUAUCACGGUCGACAGGGACGAUGAGGUCAAGAACCUGAACGUCGACAAGCUGAAGGCUAUGCGACCAGCCUUCAUGCCCAGCGGCGGUACUGUCACUGCACCAAAUGCUGCUCCCAUCAACGACGGCGCCGCGGCUGUGGUUCUCGUUUCUGAGGCCAAGUUGAAGGAGCUUGGUCUCAAGCCUCUUGCCAAAAUCCUCGGAUGGGGAGAUGCUGCUAAGGCACCAGGAGAAUUUACCACUGCUCCAGCAUUGGCAAUCCCCAAGGCUAUUAAGCAUGCAAAGAUUGAAGCAUCAGCCGUUGACUACUACGAGAUCAACGAGGCUUUCUCCGUUGUUGCACUGGCAAACAUGAAGAUUCUUGGUUUGGAUGAGUCAAAGGUCAACAUCCACGGAGGCUCAGUUGCCAUUGGACAUCCGCUCGGGUGCUCCGGUGCUCGAAUUCUGACAACCUUGGUCAAUGUACUAAGGGAGAAGAACGCAAAGAUUGGUGUUGCAGGCAUUUGCAAUGGCGGUGGUGGAGCUUCUGCUUUGGUUAUCGAGUCUUUGCAAUAG